CAAGCGCUCUGUUCACCGUGACAAAUCCAGCCAGGAAUAACUAAAUAUCUUCGAUCAUGACAUAGCGUGGUUUACAAUUCGUGUAAGCCACACAAAAACGAACAAGUCGUCCAGCAACGACCAAAGGGAAAAAAGAUGAAAACUUCUCUACAAAAAACAAACUGUUAUCAAGACAUAGCUGAGUAGUUGCAACCGGAAGUGAUAUUCGCAAAACACCUGGCCUGUAGGGAAAUUUCUCAGAAAAGCACCGGAUGCUUAUUUGUGAUAUUUAAAUAUGCUUCCAUCAGCGCUUUUUUACUUGUAGGAAAUUUCAGGAAAUACACUGAAGAGAAAGCGUCGUAACAUUGAUCCUUGUUGGAAAAAUGAGUGAACAGAAUUCACGUCUAAACACAAUCCUAAAUCGUGUUACUAAUAAGAUUGUGCAGCUUCGUCGAGACAGAAAAACGGAAGCCUUAGAAUGCUGGGAACCUAUAGUGAAUGGAAUUUUAGAAUAUGUGCAAACUAAAGAUCGCCGAUUUCGCGCUCUUCACAUCUUUCCUACAGGAAGCUACUAUGAAAGGGCCAAAGUAAAAGAGCCCGAUGAAUUCGACCUUAUGUUGGUCAUGGAUAACUUAGAACUAGAUGACGCACCAUUUGAAGAAGACGAUGGGUUUCGCGAGCCACCAAUCGGUAAGAUUAGGCCUGUUUAGGCAUUGGCUUUUCAUGAGCAAGACUUGAUUCAAGUUUGGACCGAAUCAAAUUCCAAGAAGUGUGCCGUUUCAGUAAUACAGUUCCAGGAAAUAUUCUUAAACUUUGUCAUAAUUCAGGAUUUGGUUAGAGAAAUAUAAAUUUCGGUUUCUGAUUCAUAUACACUAAAGCCGUUCCAAAACCGUAUUAAAUGUGUGAAAAUCGGCCGACCAAGCACAACAAUAAGAACGACCCAGCUGUUCCAAAUUUGAUAAGUCGUUCUUGGCGAUUGAGAAGCCGAACUUUUAACUGACCCAAUUGAAAAGUUGGAGGUUGAAACCGCAUCAAUUGCAGGGCUUGAUCAUUCACUCAGUUCCGCCAUAAUUACGUCUUGCAAAGAAAAAUGUACGAUGUGGACAUGUAUGAUUUAAAAUAGGGGGAAAAGCCUAGAUGACUCUGAGCUGGGAAUCGACAUUAUUACCAAUGAAAAAUUCUUGAAAGGAGGUGAAUUUUAAGGGUUACAUUAAGGCAUAGGGGUAAGUCAUCUUUACAGGUUGUCAAUUUGGUCGAUACCUUGCUCUUUAUGAAAUCCCUAGAUUUUCCCAAGACAAGGAAUUUUUCAUGGCUGACAAUCAGCUUAUGAUACACAUGUCAAGACGAGCAAUAUAUUCAUGUACCAUCAAGGUAAUAGAUAUUAGCAACAAAUUAUCAAGUCCAUAACGACCAUGUCCUCUCAGCCACAAGGUUCUUAUGAAAAAGUCCUCUUUUUAAAGAAGUAUCACCUAAACUCAACCAGAUUAAUGAGGGUCAAGUUGUUUUACUCCCUUUCAGUAUUUCUUCUGUUCUAAGUCCUAUUGAUCAAAAGACCACAAUAUUGACUAAUUGUAAUAAAAUACAAGAGUAUGAUCAAGUUGUUUUUGACCCUGGAAAUAAGUCUGGUGAAUAAAAGGCAACAACCAAAAGCCAUGCAGGUUGAGGGGUAUUUACCACUAUAAUGAUUGACAAUGGUGAAGAAGUAACUUUGGGAAUUGAAUGCCUCACAGGUGAAAGCAGUUUUUAA